AUGGAAAAGAUCAUGGCUUCCGACCGAAUCUCCCCCGCUGAGAUUGGUGAUGCUGAGAAGGCGGGUGCUCGACAGGUUGUUGAACGUGGCGUUGAACAGGAUCAGGCUAGCAUUUCUGAUAAAGACUCCGCCGACUUUCAAGGAGGUGUCCAGCGGGUUCGAGCCGUCACUUCGUCAUGGUCUAAGAAGACACUGGUUUUGAUGUUCAUUCUGCUAUACCUGGUGUCUUUUGUAGACGCUCUCCUGGUCUCGGUGCAAGGCUCCCUGAAUCCAUACAUUACCUCAGAAUUCGGAAAGCACGGGCUUCUCACUGUCGUGAGCGUGGUCUCCACCAUCCUCGGCGGUUCCUCGAAACUGACCCUUGCGAAAAUCAUCGACAUCUGGGGACGAAUUGAGGGGUUUCUCUUCAUGCUGCUGAUCAUGGUCAUUGGCUUGAUCAUGAAGGCAACAUGCAAUGGUAUUGAGAUGUACACGGCAGCUCACACGUUGUACUGGGUUGGUCAUAUUGGACUGGGGUACGUGAUUGAGAUCAUGUUGGCGGAUAUGACUUCGCUCAAGAACCGAAUGAUUAUGAUCGGAAUCAAUGGCACCCCUGGAAUUUGCAGCACGUUCGCUGGACCUAAAAUCGCCUCCUUGUUCGAGGCAAACCUGGACUUCCGAUGGGCAUUCGGAGCUUUUGCCAUCAUGCUGGUGGGUGUGUCUAUCCCGGUUUGUGUGGUGAUGCUCUUCAUGGAGCGCAAAGCCGAGAGGAACGGGGCCAUCAGCAAAGAGAGAUCAGGAAGAUCGUGGUGGCAGAGCAUUGCCCACUACUUCAUGGAAUUUGACGUCAUUGGAAUCAUCCUCGUCACAGCAGCAUUUGCCCUCAUCUUGAUCCCGUUCAAUAUCGCUUCGUACGCACCAAAGGGUUGGGCAUCUGGAUACAUCAUCGCCAUGGAAGUGUUGGGUGUGUUCUGCAUACCGGCCUUUUACCUCUGGGAGCGAUACUAUUCGCCUGUUCAGUUCCUCCCUUGGAAAUAUCUCAAGCAGCCAACCAUGAUCGGUUCUUGCAUGCUAUACGGCGUGAUGUUCAUGUCCACCUUCUGCUGGAACAGCUACUUCAGUUCGUACCUGCAGGUCGUACACCGACUCGAUAUCGUGACAGCCAACUAUGUCCUCAACACUUUCUCACUCACCUCAUUCAUCUUCAGUCCGAUCUUUGGCGUUCUCAUUCGCAUCACCGGUGAAUACAAAUGGACUGUGAUGGCCGGUAUUCCAAUUUUCCUCCUCGGCUCUGCGCUCCUCAUUCCCUUCCGCGAACCAUCCACCCAUGUUGGUAUUCUCACAAUGACACAGAUCCUGGUUGGACUCGGCACUUGUCUCUUCACGGUCUGUGGACAAUUGGCCAUCAUGGCCAUGGUGACUCACCAAGAGGUUGCGGUCGUGAUCGCGAUUUGGGGGCUGUUCGGCUCGAUCGGUGCAGCUGUGGGCUCGGCCAUCGCGGGUGCUAUGUGGAAUAAUCUCGCCCAGAAGGAGAUGUAUGCCCGACUCCCAGAAGGGAGCAAGCACCUUGCAGCGACUAUUUUCGGCACUAUCAUAGCACAGAUGGAAUAUGCAGAUGGGACUGCAGAGAGGGAGGCAAUUGUGGGUGCUUACUCGAGUGUGCAGCGGAAGAUGGUCAUCGUGGGUGUUUGUUUUGUUCCGCUGUGUAUUGCUUGCACGUGGUUCUGGAGGUCGAUUAAUGUGAAGAAGCUGUUCAAAGAGCAGACUGCUGGUAAUGUGUGGUAA